AAACCUUUAGUAAACGUUAGUUUGCCGUCAUUACCUCCGGCAAAAUAUCCACUAUCUAAAAAAAUACUUGGUGCGCCCUCUACUGACAGGAAAGUGUAUGAUCGAUCACGCGUCACGUACGCCAUUUCCAUACGAACACCGUGAUUUUACCGGCAACUGUGAAGGUUCAGUCAUGGCUGUCAACAUGCUGAGGGUAACUAGCAGGCGCUUUGUGGCCUCUACCUGCCAGCGAUCGAGCUCCACGUUGGCCUACGCUGAUCGUCUGGACUACCCGGCCCCGCCAUGUCGCUUCGUCGAUGAUGUAGACCUCUCGGCCGACAUGCAGUCACUGAAGGCCAAGGAGCAAGGCGACUGGAAGAGCCUGUCUGUAGACGAGAAGAGAGCCUUGUACAGGUUGAGUUUUGAUAAGAGUUACUCCGAGAUGCGAGCGCCUACUGGCGAAUGGAAGUACAUCAUCGGCGGGGUCUUUGGACUGCUCUCCGUCGCUAUUUUCUUUUAUGGUCUACAGAAAAAAUUUAUUGCCCCGCCCCUGCCGAUAACGAUGACUAAAGAGUGGCAGCAGGACCAGAUGAAGUACAACAUCGCCAUCCGCAAUAACCCAGUCACUGGCCUUGCGUCCAAAUGGGACUACGAAAAGAACGACUGGAAGAAGUGAUGACAGGAGAAUCCCAGGAAGAAUAAGUUUCAAUUUAGGUACAAUUACUGUCCAGAUAUGAGCGGAUUUUAUAUAGGGCAUCCUGGUUGUAAUGUGUUGAAUGUUUAGAACAGAUUUUAGAACACGUCAUUUUUCGUAAUUAAUUUGAAUAGAUUUGGAAAAAGACUUGUGCUUUCAUAUCCUCUAAAAUCACUAUGAAAUCAACUGUGAUGACAUUAAAGAAUAUGAAACAAAAUUUACAAAUGUAAACUGGGUUUUUGUUUGGCCUACUACAGUGUACCUUGAAUGUGAGAUGCUACUCGUGUGGAUAUUAAACUAUGUAGGGAUGCAAAGUUCAUUUCAAACUCCGAGUAUAAAACCGUGUUUUUGCAUCUUGUAAUACACCUGUCACCCCAAAACAUAUUUAACUGUUUUGUACAUGCAUUUAGCACUGGAAUCUUAUCCCGCGAAUGGAGCACAGAAUAAAGUAGUGCGUCAGUGUGUGGGACACAGACGCGCUACAUUUUCCGUGUUCCACGAGCGAGAGUGGAAAAGCGAAUUUAUCUUCAAGCAAACUUGACGCACUGUAAAGUUGGAACGAGCACGCUUUACACGAGCAUGCUUUUCAGCGGUUAUACUACACGUGCGUGCAGCAAGAAUGGUAUGCACAUCUUGGAAUAGCAUGAUAAGCUGUGGACCGUGGUAUAUGGGAUAAUGUAGCAUGGGGGGUUGUCAUGGAUUGAUCAGGAACAAGGAUUCAAGUUAGCUUGAAGAUGAAAUUCAUUGCCACCACUUCAUAACAAAAUGACAAUUCUCUUACCAAAUCUUUCAUUUUUUUGAGAAAGGAUGCAUGCUUUGAUUUUAGGGCAACUGACUGCAGAGAUUAAACCUUAUUUGAUCCAUCCUGAACACAAUACACUUUUAACCACUUAACUUUAUUUACGUGUGCAGUGUUCGAUACAUAAUAAAAUGUUUUCGUUUGUUCAAAAACUUA